UCUGUUGCAGGUACCGAUCUGGAGGCCUCGCUGCUGAGCUUCGAGAAGCUGGACCGCGCCUCCCCGGACCUGUGGCCCGAGCAGCUGCCUGGCGUUGCCGAGUUCGCCGCCUCCUUCAAAAGCCCUAUUACAAAUUCUCCUCCCAAGUGGAUGGCUGAAUUGGAAAAUGAUGAUAUUGAUAUGUUAAAGGAGUUGGGGAGCCUCACUACAGCUAACCUGAUGGAAAAAGUUCGUGGUCUGCAGAACCUGGCUUACCAGCUGGGACUGGAUGAAU